AUGGAUACAUGUACGACUUCGUGCAAUUACACCAGCAUCGAUGACGAACCACAGCGCAUACCAGUCGACGCCGGAGCCCCUUUUGACAGAGGGGAUAUCAUAUUACGCAGUGCGGAUGAUGUUGAUUUCCACUUCCACAAGCUACUGCUCUCCCUAGCAUCAUCUUUCUUUUCGAACAUGUUCUCUUUACCUCAGCCAGGCUCUCUCGAUGAUGCUGCAGACCGGACAAAACACGGUCUCCCUAUCAUACCAGUGACGGAGAAUAGCGUCGUUUUGCGGAAGUUGUUGAGCUUCUGCUCUCCAGUAUAUGACACGGAUGUGCCUGCUCUCGAGAACUUGGACAUUGUCAUGUCCGUCCUCGAUGCGGCCGAUAAAUACGACAUGAAACGAGUCGGCAUAUUCAUCGUUAGAAUGAUAACGGCUCCGAGGUUUCUAGAAAAAGAAUCCAUGCGAGUCUUUGCUAUCGCAUGUCGUUACCGCUCAGAGGCAGAGACUCUGGUGGCGGCGAGAUACAUGCUGCGUUUUGCGGUGUGGGAGCCUGCAUAUGUGUCUGAAUUGGACUUCAUUACUGGUUCAGACUUCCAGCGGUUGGUCAAGUACCACACAAGUUGCGGUCAAGCUAUGACCCAGCUUACCCGUCUUUGGUCUACGUAUCCCCUGCCAUCACUUGACUGCAAGUUCUGUCGCAAGAAGGGAGUUUCUCGCUUGUCCCUCAAAGAAUACCAAGAUAGUGUCAUAGAAGCACUCCGCAUGCGGCCAUCUGUGGAAAGCCUCCUUAAUCCCGAGUGGAUUGACAGUAUGGUGAAGAGGGCGGGAAGUUGUAUUGGCUGUAAAGAGAGAGUGCCGAGAGUGCUUGCUGAAUACGCAAAGGAACUUGCCUUCCCGGUAAUGGCGAUUAUCCUGGAGAUUCCCCUGGACAUUGAUUUUCGCUGA